AUGGACUCGGCGUCCGGCAUUAGUGGCUCUGCAUGCAGGUCCAAGAAUGAUAGUCUGCGGGUCUUCUGCGUGGUCUGCGGCGGCUACAGUGAGGACCUUAUCCUCCGCAAGUCAGGCCUCAAGUGCGCGAGCUGCGUCGGGAAGUCGUCGAACAAGCACUACACUAACUUACAGAAGCGGCAGGCGAAGCAGCUCUUCUCCAAAGCCUUUCCAGCGCGGAGCCCGACUUCGGGCUUAGACACCGCCUCCUCCGUGCCACCCGGAGACGGCAUCCGCACAAAUCGCGUUUUCAGCUCUGCCUCUUCAUCGCUACCGGCAGCCACGGAGGACUGCAGCGGCACCACCGGAGCGUCCACGGUGCGCAGCAGCGCCUUGCACCCUAUCGAAGAGUACAUCAGCGGCACCUCGGUGUACCGUGCUGUCAUGGAGCAGGCAUUCUACUCCGCUGAGAACGAUCGUAGCGCCCGUGAGUGCGGCAGCGGCGAUCAGCAGACGCUCGUGAGCGGUGCUGACGGCGUCACCAGAGCCACAUCCGACGGGCUUAGAAAAGCGCAUCCCGAGAACACUGUGUCUGGCUCAAACACCAACGCCUCCUCCUCGGCUGCUGUCGGCGAUAAUGCUCGAGAUAUGCGUCGAACACCUCCACCCCUUGUGACUCAACGCCAAGCAAAUGGCGGCGCGCAGUGCAGCGACUCGGCAUCGGCGAAGAGCGGUGGAGAUGCUGUCGGCAAGGCGCCGCGCUGUCGAGAUUCGUUACCCGCUCCUUCAACGUCGAACCUCGGCAAAGGCACAAAGAAGGAGCCCGCCAAUCAAGCUCCCGCGAGCGCCUACAAGACGGCCCCGUUGCGCCUGCCGCCACGCAGCGGGCCUCGAGUGUCCAAGGGCACCCCACGUCUGCCACCGUCCGUGGCCAAUGUGAGUAAGGUGUCUGCCGUGCGUACAGUCUCUACAAAGUCGAACGGAAAAGGGACGGACACGUCCUCGCCGAACGGCGCGACUGCAUCCCCGCCGUCCUCCGCCAUCAAGGCGUUGUCCACCACAGUCCACUGUGUUGAGGGCCAGGAGGUGAUGUCCGAAAGUUACAACGGCGGGUUGCGAGAUGUAACCCUGCCACCGGCCGAGUCCGCCGUCGACCGGGACCACUCUCCCCCCAGUGCGCCGCGCAGCGAAGGUGCCAGAUUAUUAGCAACGAGCCUUAGCCAAAACCUCGCGCAUCCUCCGCAGGUGCCGCGCGAGGUGCAGGGGACCACUAGACAGUCAUCGGCGAUCUUUCCGGAAGCGAGCUUGGGCCUGUCAGCGCCGCGAGCAGGCAGCCUCGACAUAUCCAUCACGUCCUCGGCGAUGGAGAGCGGCCCCGGGCCACGACUGCUGGUGCCGCACUCGCACGCGGAUGCCAGCGCGGGUGCGCAGGUCCAACAGGAUUCCCAAGGUGGAACUCGGCGCUCGAGCGCAGCGACGUCGUCCGUGGCAAUGCAGGCGAACACGUCGGUGAGGCCCGCUGACGCGCACGGGGCCGCCGCCACAGGAACGUCGUCGCUGAGUCGUAUGCCGAAUACCUCAGGGGCUGCCGCCGCUGCGCACAACAACUGUGCUAUCGCCGGCAGCAGCAGCUGCCGACACCGGCACACGGAGCGAGACGACCGUGGAGGUUCCUCCAGCGACUCGGAUUCGUCUUCGUCCCGCGUAUCCUUUGACACCUCCCCCAUUAGCUCAUCGCCUAUCUCAGCGGUAUUGCCAGCACCGUCAGAGACCGUCGCCAGGGAGGACGGUGCUGCUGCCAAUGGGAUCGGCACGAAGAAGGCGCUGAAAGGCGGCACAAAAUCCCCCAAAGCAGGCACGAAGAAGCGGAAAGUAAAGGUAGAAAAGCCGGUGCGCAACGCAACGGGGAAGCAGGGGGCAGUCAACAGCCCGAGCCACGGGCUUGCGACAACGCCCCUUAACGUCUGUAUCGAUGCCUUGUACAUAACCGUCGAGCCCGUGCUGCCAACAUCGCUGAACGCUCCAGAGACGACGACAUCCGCCCCUUGUGGCGGUGAUGAACUGCCGCAGGCCGCCAUGAGCUGCAACGAUGAAAGCAGCACCACCACCGGUGACACACACAGCCGCUGCGACUCGAUACGCAGUGGCUCCUUCCGCGCAAGCGACGGGUACCAGCGACAGGUGUACGUCGUCGGGCAGUCAGGCAACUUCAAGGUGACGCGGCACAUUCGCCAGUGCAGCGGCGGUAGCGAUAUGCUCGCCGGGCGGAGCAGCGCCGCCGCUGCCUCGCUGGCGUCUGCCACGCCCACGCCGGCGCAUCCGCGCAGCCGGCAGCAGCCCGGCAGCUCGGGCGACACCAUGAGCGUUGGAGCGGUGGAGGUGAAGAGGAUCUCGUACCGCAUUGCCGUGAAAAACCGCAACACCAGCGAAGUUCUCUUGAUUCAGGAGCGGCGUCUCUACACCCAAAUCAUACCCGCUCUUGAGCGGGUGAAGGUGAUCGCGGGCGGGGAACUGCCGGCUGUGCCGAUGAAGCGGCUGCCAAGUCUUCGCUUUGCCACAGAGGUGUUCACAGAGGAGCGCCGUGUAGAGGUCGAGGCGUUUCUUCAGGCUGUCGCGCUGAGCCCAUUUUAUAUUCGCCACCCAGAGGUGGUGAAGCUGCUCGGGCUGGAACCGUACUUGACCGACGUUGGUGCGGCUUCAGCAACCGGCGCCGCAGCGGCGAAAGGUAGCCCCAGCAACGGAGCUGAUGCUCAUCGGCCCAGCAAAUCACCGCGCGCCUUGAAUACCAAAUCAUCGCCGCCGGCGGAGAGCGGCACCGGCUCCGAGGCAACACCGCGGGUACGAAGAGGGGCUGCCGGUGACCCGAAGUUUCCUAAUCGUCACUCAAGAGAUGGCGGGGCCGGUGUUGGAGUGACUGCGGCGACUGGAGGCGGUGAAGCGGGCGCUGGCGGUCUCACAGUGGACGCCCUCAACGCCUAUUGCUCCUCGACUACGGGGGGCGGUGGAGGCGGCAUCGCGGAUGGCAGGAAUUUCUGCCGCUCGCAGAGCUGCUCCAGCGUGCAAACCUCCUGCUCUUCCGUCGUGCGUCGUCGCAAGCUGGACGAGGUGACCAUGGAGGACCUCGAACACAUCCAGCUCGGCAACCUCAUCGGCCGCGGCACUUUCGGCUCUGUCUACCUGGGGCUUGUGCAGACCCAACGUGGCUCGCUGAUGGUGGCUGUGAAGGUGAUGAAGGUGGGCGAGGCGGUAGCGCCGUCGGAGAUGGAGAGCCUUCAACGCGAGCUGGACGUGCUGUGCGCCGCCCGGCACAAGAACAUCAUCCGCUUCCUCGGCAGCGCGCUAAAUACGACGACACGUGACCUGCGCGUCUUCACCGAAUACGUGGAGUGCGGCACCAUCCGCUCUCUCGUCGAUCGCUUCGGCGCCUUGACGAUGCUGGCCAUUCAGCAGUACAUGCAGCAGGUACUGAGCGGCCUGCAGUACCUGCACAGCCUCUCGAUCGCGCAUCGCGACAUCAAGGGCGAGAACAUUCUCGUCACCAAGAAUGGCCGCAUCAAGCUCUCCGACUUUGGCAGCAGCACCGGCACGCCCUGCAAGGUGGUGACUGCUGCCGACUCCCCUUCUAAGGGGAGCAGCAGCGGGGCUGCGGACAGCGCGGCAAACGACGGCCUCCCGGUUGGCUCACCGCAGUACAUGGCGCCAGAGGUGAUUCAUGGCACAGUCAAGUCGUUUGCCGCGGUCGACAUCUGGUCACUCGGUUGCGUCGGGAUCGAGAUGAUGGAUCGGCCCAUCUGGCGCGAGAGCCCAAGCACAAACCCGUUCGUCUUUCUUUAUCGCAUCAGCCGUUGCGGGACUCCCCCGCAUGGGCUGCCAACGGACGACGAGCUCGCCGCCAUCAAGGCGGAAGGCAAGAAGGCGGAGUGGGAGGGCUUCUCCUUGUACCAGGAAUUUCUCAAGAGCUGCCUGCGCGUUGACCCGGCGCAGCGCCCGUCCGCGGCGGAGCUUCUCAAGCACCCCUUCAUGACCUACCCAUACCCGAAGCACCUCCGCUGGAUGCCGCCGAUGUCAGCUACCUCGAGGCCCUCAGCUUCCAAGCCUUCAUGA